AUCCAACUUACUUAAUAUAUAUAUCUUUAACUUAGAGAAAGUUUUAGAGGGAAAAAAAAGGGGAAAAUGGGACUCGUUCCUCAAGAUGCGAUCAAGCAGUUCCAAGCUUUAAUCGAUCAGGUCGAUGAGCCAUUGAAGAAAUCCUUUCAGAAUAUGCAUCAAGGAUAUCCGAAAGAAACCUUGGUGCGGUUUCUCAAGGCAAGAGAGUGGAAUAUUCCCAAAGCGCAUAAAAUGUUGGUGGAUUGUUUAAACUGGAGAAUACAAAAUGAGAUUGACAAUAUAUUGGCGAAACCAAUCUCUCCGACAGACCUCUAUAGAGCAGUGCGUGACUCGCAGCUUAUAGGAAUGUCAGGUUAUACAAAAGAGGGUGUCCCCGUUUUUGCCAUUGGCGUUGGGCUCAGCAAAUAUGACAAAGCAUCUGUUCAUUACUAUAUUCAGUCACACAUCCAAAUUAAUGAAUAUCGGGACCGUGUUAUUUUGCCUUCAGCAACAAAGAAAUAUGGGCAUCUUAUUGGCACCUGUGUGAAGGUUUUGGAUAUGACUGGUCUAAAGCUAUCAGCACUAAGCCAAAUUAAGCUAUUGACGGCUAUAUCUACUGUUGAUGAUCUAAACUAUCCAGAGAAGACAGAUACAUAUUACAUUGUGAAUGCUCCAUACAUAUUUUCAGCUUGUUGGAAGGUAGUUAAGCCUCUAUUGCAAGAGCGGACAAGGAGGAAAAUUCAGGUGCUGCAAGGGUGUGGUAGAGUUGAGUUGCUGAAGAUAAUGGACCAUGCAUCCCUUCCGCAUUUCUGCAAAAGAGAAGGUUCGGGUUCGUCCCGGCAUUCAACUAAUGGAACGGAUGACUGCUUCUCCUUGGACCAUGCCUUUCAUCAGGAUCUCUACAAUUACAUCAAGCAGAAAUCCUUGAGACUAGAAUCUGUUGCACCCAUCAAACAAUGUUCUUUCCAUGUAGAUGUGCCUGAGCCAAACCCAGAAGACACGAAGAUUGCUCAAACCAUUGAAUCUGAGUUCCACAAGCUCCGGGAUCAGAAUGGGUUCUCGCAUUCACCGGAUAACCUGAAAAUCAAUGGUGAAUGAGAUGGGAGGAAAUGGUGUAUGUAACAUAAGAUAUCACAAUUCGACACUUCGGGGCUCAAUCAUGUUGUGACAUCUCAACAUGAGGGCCACGGGUAGGGUUUUGCAGCUCCUCCCAGAUUGUGGGUGUCCAUGCUAUGGGAUGUAAUAGUACGUGCUUGCAUUAGCUUGAUGCAGGCUUCAUAGGAAAGCUAAUUUGGUUAUGUAA